AUGCCUCCACCGAGGGAUGACUGCAUCGCGUCAACGACGCGCCGGAGCUGGAGAGGGCGGUCUGGCCACCCGCCGCCGGCAACCAGAAGAAUACCGGAGGCUCACCUGACCUCCAAGCAUCCGGCCGUGCAGCGCACGCGCGUCGACGCCGCCCGCCGCCGCGCCCGCCGGACAUCCCCGCUCAGCCUCAACGCCCGCCGCCGCCCGCCACGAGGAGAACCUCCGGUUCCCCACCGGCAACCUCCGCCUGCAGCCUUUGGGGCAGGGCAGCAACCGCCGCCACCACCCCAGGCCCUCCGCCGCGAAGCCCUCCACGCAGCCGCCCGGCACGACAACGCCGCCGCCCGUGCUCGCCACCACGCCGUCGCGCCCCUCGCCAGCCCGACGCCGCCGGCUCGACCGCGCCAGCCCGCGCCGUCCCUGCCGAGCGGGGGAGAGGAAGCCCCGCCGCCGCCGACGCCGACCGGGCUUCGCCGUCGGCCAGCGCCCGCGGCGGCGAGGAGAGGGGUGGAGGCGGAGGGUGCGGGCGCCCCGGCGGCUAGGGUUUCCCCCCGGUCGCUCGCGGGAGCGACGCGGGAGGGGAUAAGGUUCCGCUUCGAGUGUCGUCCAAAAUGA